CUUCAGCCAACUCUGACAGUCUCGCUCAGAGCCGGUGGAGUUCACUGGAGACAUCCUAGAUUGCAGUCUGACCACUGAGCCGGGGGGUUUGACGUCAGCGCGGUGCACGUUAAUUCUCGUCCCUGCUGGUCGGGGUACGAGUAGGGAGCUGGUCUCACCUAACAGAUGUGUCUGGGACACUCCAGUCUAUUUAUUCUGUACUUUACACCUAGAUGAACAUAAUGGAAGCGGUGGAAGGAUACAGGGUUGAGAGUCAGCAGGAGUCGAGCACUGACGCUUCGGCAGAGGGAUACGUGAAGGAGUUCACGCGCCACUCCAACGACGUCCUGCUGAACCUGAACGAACUGCGGCACAGGAACAUCUUGACCGAUGCCACCCUGGUUGUUGGCUCCUGUCAGCUGCGGGCGCACUGCGCUGUGCUCAUUGCCUGCAGUGGGUUCUUCUACUCUCUGUACUCGCGCCGUGCGUCGCUCCAGGGGUGUGGCGGCAGCGGAGGGCAGAUCAUGACCGUGUCUCUCCCCAGCACCUUGGACCCAUCCAGCGUGUCCCUGCUGCUCGACUUCAUGUACACCUCCCGCCUCCCUCUGACACCGCGCAGUGUCCCCGGGGUGCUCGCUGUUGCUACCUACCUGCAGAUGGACCACGUGGCCGAUACCUGCCGCGCUUUUAUGCAGCUGCACAGGGAGAGGAUGAGUGCAGUGCACCCUCAGUUGGAGCUGGACUCCAGGGUGGCUGUAGCCUCUGUGGCCCCCCAAGGAGGGGACUUGCCAAAUCCAGCACCCCUGCCAUUAGUCUCAGCAGGAGAGGCAACCAGGGUUCCUGUGGAGGGUGGAGGUGGAGGCUCUCUCAAGCCAGGGGCUUUCCCGACCUGCGAGCCCAGGUCAAAGGAGUUGAAACGCGAACUUGAGUUGCCCCUCUCUGGCACCCCGACUCCAUCUCCAGACAGCCCCUCCCGCUCCAGCUGUCACCCCAACUCUCCAGCUGAAUCCAACACCUGUAACCUUACCAACCAACUCAUGAGUGAUACCAAACCUACACCAGACCCCAAGGCCUGCAACUGGAAAAAAUAUAAGUACAUCGUCCUAAACCCUCUCUGUGCUGUGACCACGGUGAAGGAAGAGGAGACAGAGGAGCAGCAAAGUCUCUCACCCACUGCUGAUAGGAUGGGCGCCAUGCCCAAAGCACCUGCAGAGGCGUGGUCUGGAGAAGUGCCCGGUCAGAUUGAUAGACAGGGGCAGGCCUCCUGCUAUGAGGGUUCUGGCCGAGCCCCUCCCCUGAGGCCACCCACCUCUUUGGAUCACCCAAUGGUACCUUCCACACUCAGUGAGGGAACAGUCUCACCCCGCACCAUUUACCCAAAACCGCUCCCCACUGAACCAGAAGCUGCCAGUCACAGCCAGCAUACAAUCAAGCGUGAAAGCUAUUAUGUGCCGUACUGUUACUCUGCCAACCUCGGAGGAACCAAGACCAUCUGCGCAGGUGACAAGCCCUACCGCUGCAACGUGUGUGGCGCCCAGUUCAACCGCCCGGCCAACCUGAAGACUCACUCUCGCAUUCACUCCGGAGAGAAACCAUACCGCUGUGACACCUGCGGCGCACGAUUCGUUCAGGUUGCCCACCUCAGGGCCCACGUUCUGAUCCAUACGGGGGAGAAACCUUACCCCUGCCACACUUGUGGCACGCGCUUCCGCCACCUGCAGACGCUCAAGAGCCAUCUGCGCAUUCACACUGGAGAGAAGCCAUACACUUGUGAGAAGUGCGACCUCCACUUCCGCCACAAGAGCCAGCUGCGUCUUCACCUGCGCCAGAAGCACGGGGCUGUCACCAACACCAAGAUCCGCUACAAGGUGCUGGCCGAGCCGUACCAGCCCAUCCUGCAGGCCUGCUGACCAGGCCCGGCGUCCCGCUCCGUCUGCGGCCUCUGACAUCAUGACAUCAUCGUGACUGUAGCGGCUCAGACGUAAUGUGAAGAUCAGCAACGGGGCAGAUACACAUAACCUUCGCCCCAGAUGAAACACGUUAACUGCUUCAUAUCCGGUUUCUUCUGAGCCAAAUGAAACAACAAUGAAUGUUUGUUCUUGCUGAGUAUGAGCUGGCAGUGUCUAAAUUUUGACCCACAGGUUAGGUAACCAUCUUUUGUCAUCUUAUAAAUAUUGUUUUACCAAAUCAGUAGGUCCUCAUGAAGGUGAUAGGAAAUCCUGUAAAAAAAAAAAAAAAAAAAAAUUAACCUGGUGAUAAUGGGCAUGUGGAGAGAAAUAUGACCCAUGGACCCUUAUAAUUUAAAAUUAAUAUAUUAUUGGUGGCAUUGAGGUUUCACCAUGACCUUGAAAUGAUCAUUUGGUGUUUUUUUGUAAUGCAGUUGAUGUUAAGGAAAGUAUUUUUGAGGGUUUGUGAGGGGGCAGAGAGGAGAGCAUGAUGGAAAAUGGAAGAAUGAUGGAAUGAUGGAAGAAUGAUGUCUUUGUGGAAGUCCUAAAGAAACUAGGAAUGGGUAGCUGAAAGGGUUUGAAAGAUGAGUGGAAAGAUGGAAAGAGGGCAGGUUUAUGAAGGAGGAAUGUGUUGAUGGGUAGAGAAAGUGAAUUAAAAACAUUUCCAGUCUUUAAGAGUCUCACUUUUAGGCACAAAAACAUAUGAUUUGACUGUGAAGUCAGAAAAGAAUAGGUUUAAUUUAAAACGCAUGUGUUCAUGUGUUAGGGAAUUUUGAAAUCUGGAACACUUCAGCAGUGUAUUACUUGGUAAUCCUCAGGUUAAAGGGGUUUGGACUAUUAGUAAAUUAAGAUGCUGAUAUUUUCAACAUAAAGGGUUAUUUAACAAAGAUUUCCCUAAACCUUGAGGCCUGGGGCCUCCAUGCUGUUUGAAAAAACAAAAAAACAAAAACAACAACAAAAAAACAAAAUAAAACACAAAAAAUCAACAAAAAAACUUUUGAAAACUUUUGAAAGAAGAACAGGAAUGUUUUGGAGUAUUUUUUUGUAUUACUUCAUAUUUAAAAAGGAAGUCUGCAUAUUUAUUUAAUUGGCAUUUGUGUUUAAUGAUACCUGUUUCCUAGUCCAAGCAGGCCAAGGGCUUUGUUGUCAUGUUUAGAUCACAAGUAAGGAAUAUGAGUUUUUUAGAAUCAACAAUUUGGAUUAGGCAACUGUAAACAACAGAAAUUAAUAAUAAUGUUAAAUUUGUAUAGUUUUCAUUUGCUGGACAAAGAAUGGAUUUAUGGAAUUUAAAUUAAAUCAUUUUUCUAUUAAUUGGU